AGCCAUGACCAGCACGGUUGUUGUCGCCGCCCUCGUGGUCGUCUUCGCGGCCUUGGCCAGUGCCAUGCCCCAGCCUGAGGCUCUCCCCGGCUUCAGGGGGGGCUUUCAUGGCGGCGGCUUCGGUCUCGGCGGCUUCCAUGGCGGCUUCGGCGGCGGCUUCAUCGGCGGCGGCUUUGGCGGCUACCGUGGCAAGAGGAGCGCCGAGGCUGACCCUGAACCCAGCUUAAGGAACGGCGGCAACUUUGGCAUCGGUGGCUUCCAUGGCGGCUUUGGCGGCGGCUUUGGCGGCUACCGUGGCAAGAGGAGCGCCGAGGCUGACCCUGAACCCAGCUUAAGGAACGGCGGCAGCUUUGGCAUCGGUGGCUUCCAUGGCGGCUUUGGCGGCGGCUUCAUCGGCGGCGGCUUUGGCGGCUACCGUGGCAAGAGGAGCGCCGAGGCUGACCCUGAACCCGGCUUUAGGCACGGCGGCGGCUUUGGCGGCGGCUUCGGCGGUUUCCACGGAGGGUUUGGUUACGGCAAGUGAGACACAGUGGCGGCCGGCGGCACCUGACAUGUAGCUGGAAGGCGAGCGAAUAAACUGUGCACAGAGCCUUUGGUUGUGUCGGCCUCCUGCCCUCGCAAGGAUGUGUAUGGCGGGGGAGGAUGAU